AUGGCUUCCAAUGAAAUAAAGCCGCGGCAAAGGAACAGGGCUAGGACAGUCAUUGAUCCUUUGUGUACUAUUUGUCACAAGGUCUACAGCGAACCUUUACAAAUGCCUUUUCUGCUCUCUUGCCUUCACUCGUUCUGUAAAAAGUGCCUGCUCAAACACAUUGAUAAAGAAGCAAAAACAGUUGAAGGAAAUAAACACUUCAACUGUCCAACAUGUGGACAGAGGACUGUCGUACCUUCUAAUGAUGAAGAUGCAAGUGCUGGGUUACCUGUCAAUCUGAGACUGAGCCAUUUUGCGGAGGUCACAAGUUACAAUAAGAAAAUGGAAAGCAAAGUGCCUUGUGAAAACUGUCCCAACAAGGGAGCCUCAUACUUCUGUGAGAAUUGCUGCAUGUUCAUUUGUGAUGCAUGCAAUACUGACCAUCAGAGAUGGAGGGAGCUACGAACACAUGAAGUCAUUGAGUUGGAACCUUUGAAGAAGAAGGAAGGACAUUCACUGAAGAUAAAGCAUCCACCACAAAAAUGCCGAGACCACAGGAAUGAAGAGAUGCGGUUCUACUGUCUUGAUGAUCAGGUGUUAGUCUGUAGGGACUGUCUGAUGACUACUCAUGAUGGACACAAGAGAGAAUAUAUUGAGAAAGUUGCCAAGAGUGAGCAAGAAGACCUGAAAAAGGUAAUGCCUGACAUAACCAGUGCCAUCGGUCAACUGGACGAAGCAAUAGCAGCAGGUAAAAAAAUGGAGAAAAAAAUGAAAGCAUCUUCAAAGGAAGCUUUGACCAGGAUUGAUGGUGUGUGUGAGGAUCUAGUGAAAGCAGUGAGGGUGAGACAGGAGAUAUUGCAUGAGAGGUGUAAGGGCAUAGAUAGUGGCAAGGAGGACGUGAUGCGUUCUCAAAUACACGAGUUUGAGAAAUUAAAGAAUGUUUUAAUGUUCCUUGAUGAGACAACGAAUGAUGCCAUUAACAACCACACACCAGAGGAGUUCUUGACAGUUAAGAAAGUCGUUAAAGCACAAGUUACCCGUGUACAGGAUAACUUUAGCCGAUUUCUACUUGACCUUCAAGAAAAUGAGAUAAUGAAUACAUCAUUAGAAGUUGAUUCCAUAAUUGGCUCAAUAGAGUCUCUUGGUUACUUUCCUGGAGUGCCUCAUCUUGAGUGCUGUACCAUUGAAGGAUUAGGAGUACAAGAAGCACUGGUUGGCAAGGAGAGAGUUUUUAAGGUGAUACUACGAGAUGAGAAGAACAAGCCAUUGGAAGGGAACGUCUUGUUUCAGUAUGAGCUGGUCAAUAAAGAUGAUGCUGAUGCACCUCUACCUAAAGUAUCCAUUACACAAUCAGAGAAACAGAAUGAUGGAUGUGCUACACUAUCAAUCACUGUGCUCAACAGUGGUGAGUAUCAACUUAAAGUAAAAAUACGUAAUGCCCCACUGGUUACUACCAAUCCAUUCUGUAUGUGGGCCCAUCCACCACGAGAUUACAAUGAAGUAAAUCCUGAUGCACCCAUUGCAACACUGCCUGUACAGAAACCAGUUUCACGAGGUAUAGCCAUUGAUUAUAGUACAGGUUUGUUGUAUGUAUCAGAUUAUGAUAACCACACAGUAAUGGUACUGCAAGCAGAUGGCAAAGUCUACAAACAGAUUGGCAGCAAUGAUAAUGCUGGAGGUAACCUUUCAAACCCAUGGGGAGUGGUAGUGGCUAAUGAUACUUUAUAUGCAGUCAGUUACAAUAGCCACAAGGUAAAGAUGUAUGCCCUCUCUGGUGACUUCAUAGGAGAGUUUGGAGAAAAUGGCAGCGGUCCAGAGCAAUUUUCUAAUCCACGUGGCAUAGCAUGCGAUAAUGAGGGGCAUCUAUUCAUUGCUGAUUAUAGCAACACUCGUAUACUGAUCCUCACUAUGGAAGGUAAGGCUGUCUCUUCUAUUAACUGCAGAGCCAGACCAGUUGAUGUUGCAGUGAGUGUUAAUGGUUCAAUUCACACAGCUCUUGAUUACAGCAAUGUUAGUGUAUACACUAGAUCUGACAGUGGGGGAUGGAAGGAAACUUUGCAAUAUAGUGUUGGUGCAAACGCAACAGGAAUAUCAAUCGAUAGUGAAGGAUACAAGAUGGUCACACUCAAUAAUAAUACAAUGAGGAUCAUAGUUCCUGAUUCUAACAACGUCGUCAAAACGUGUCCUAAUGUAUCUUAUGGUGUGGCUAGGGAUUCACAAGGCUUCAUUUAUGUUUCACACGUCAACAAGGGAGAGAUACUCAAGUAUUAA